AUGGUUGGAGCUUGCAAAUCUACAUUUACAGGAAUGCUUAACUGCCCUGAGGAGAUUGUGUUUGUUGGUUUUACAGGCAGAACUACAGUUGCUGACAACCAUUCUCCUUUGCUGGGGCCUUGGCUUCGAGAUGGAGAGAUUCAAAGUGACGAUGUGAUGCUGUGGGAGUACACUGCAGGGAAUAAAACACCAGCUUUGGUAUCUGGUAGGGGGAGAUCAGAUCCUAACAUGGAAUCGGAGGAUAGUCAUGCUUAUCAGAAGCCGGUAACGCGAGGGGAGAUCUUUGGCAACUUGGCGAAACUAUCAACCAACUACUUUCUUUCAGAACAAGAAGAGUCUAAACCAAUCACAAUAACCCGUAUCAUCGGUUCCUCUGUGCUGCUGCAGCCCUACAUGGAUAUAACUACCCUGCAGAUCACCUGGCGAUACUUGGGCCUGGCAUAUGAGCAGAUAAUCCUUCAGUCCUUAUCUUACAGUGACAUUGUGGCGUUCAGUUCAUAUUUCAAACAUAGAGUGACGUUUAAUAAGGAAACUGGAUCUCUCUUACUGAGGAAUUUAAAAAUAGUAGACAGUGGCCUUUACGAAAUGAUUGCAUAUCAACCUACGUUGAACAAUGAGAUGGCACGCAAACAUUUCUUUAUUUUUCUGGACGUACAGGACAAACUGCGAACACCACAGAUCACUCAGAAUCCUGCCUAUAUAUUGACUCAUGUUCAGCUGAGUUGCAUUGCAAGCAAAGCAGCAGUGAGUAGCAUCAUUUGGCAAAAAGAUAACAAGUUUUUGAACAUGAUGCGUGUCCAGUUGGAUUUUGAUAACAGCACACUAUUUAUUCAAGACAUGAAAGUCACAGAUUGCGGCUUGUAUACCUGCACGGUGAAGAACAAGGUCAGCAGAAGCAGCAAUUCUUAUUUCCUCACAGCAGAAGAGAUUCUCUUCAUUCCUAACUGUGCUUUAUUGAUGUCGGUUGUUGCUCUGAUCAGUAGUUUGACCUCCAUCAUUGCGGCAGCUAUCAUAAUCAAUGCUUUAAAGCACUCUCAAGGCCAGCAGAAGGAAUUGACUACCAUUUUUGUGAUCUUUCAUCUUGUGUCCAUCAUCUGCCUGUUGAUUGCAAGUAGUCUGUCUGUGUUUGGUUUGGACUUUUCCCUGUCGUGCAGAAUUAUCGCAGGACUUGGCUGUUUCCUGUCCUUAGCAGUGAUCAUCUACAUUUCCAUCCUCUAUCUCGGCCUGAAUACUAAACAGUCUCCAUCGUUUUUAUUAAUUAACUAUCAUUGUUAUAUCAUAUUUACAUGUGGAAUUCUUUCCGGGGCAGCUUCAGUUGUGCUAAUUGAUGAAACGAAGAAGAUCGUUACAGCUUGUCACUAUCCGUACGAGAUUCUAAUUAUCAGGAGUUUACUUGCUGCGAUCGCCUACAUUUUCUCUGCGUUUUUCUUUGUCCUCUUCUACGUCGCACACCUUCUAGAAAUUGACAUGCGUAUGAAACUGAGAGCCGUCAAACGGGCAACUCGACAGCAGUUAUCCAUAAUGUAGCAUUGUGCAUUGUUACAAGGCAGUUUAAUCAUAGCAAGAGGAAGACAUCAGCUCUUGUGUUUCACUUGCUCUCUCCUUUUACACAGAAUGAUGCAUUUAAACAAAGGCUUAUUCCAGAAGCUACAAUAAACUGGAGAUAACAUCUGUCUGUGGAUAACAACUCCUCCAGUGAUAGUUUCAAAAGAAACUUCAGUCAUUUCAGCUGAUUAUUGAACUUUCUUAACCAAUUGCCUGUCACUCAUGGAGAGGGAUGCCAAUGAAUGUUCAUGGACCAUGUCUGAUUAUCAUUCUGUUUGCAGACUUGGACCUCAGGAUGCUGAGAAUUGUCAGCACUAAUUGUUAUUAAUCACAUUUUGUAAAGGAGGUUUUAAAUAAAAGGUGAAAGUACUUGCAGCAGA